AUGGUUGGUCUUCGUGAUAUUCCAAUAGAAAUAAUCCCAAACAUUAUCGAUAAUUUGGAUCAAAAAAGUUUGCUCAAAUUCGGCGCCGUCAAUCGUGCUCUACACAUCAAAACGCAAAAAUCGGUAAACUAUUUCAAGUCAGUUAGCCUAACUCAAACCGCCAAAAUCUACACUUUAUCGAUUGAUGGGAAUUUGAUCAUUUGUUUCGAGGAAUUCGGACAAUUCAAGACGAAAGUCAAAUAUUUGGGGAAGGAUGGGAAAGCGCGCUCCACGGAGAUUCGAAUUCAAUCGAUUUUUGAGGUGGUUGUACCGGUUUUGCGGGAUUUUUUGAAGAGAAUUGGGAAACGAUUGGAGAAAUUAUCGAUUGAUGUUGUGAGUUUUUUUUCGAGUGGAGCACGGAAAACUCUUAUAAUUUCAGCAACAAAGAAUGCGCUCGAAAAUCAUUCGCAACAUUCGCCUCAACAAUUUGAACAACUUGAAAGAAUUCGAAAUUUCUUGCACAUCAAAACAAAUCGAUAUACUCAAAUACAAGUUUAUUGAUUUUGAAUCGUUGAAAAAUGUGAGAAAAUCGAUCAGAAUUCCAUUUACAAAUAUUUCAUUUGAUCAACUGAAAGAAUUGAAAGCUUCAAAAACUCAAAUAUCUUUGAUGAAUGAUAAUUUGAAUAUGGAAAAUCUCAAGGAAUUUGUCGAUUUGUGGCAAAAUGGACAAUUACACGAGAAUUUCAAAGGGCUGGAUAUCAAAUGUUCGAAAAAUUCGGAAAGAUUCAAACUUGAUUUCGGCGCCCAUUUCGGUGUUUCUGAUCGAUUUGGUUUCAAGAAUAUCAAAUCGAAAAUCGAUGAAAAUAAGUAUAUUUUGGCUUUUCAAAGUUGUAAUUACAUUUGGUUGGGAGCUUGCGAUGCCACCUGUGAUUCUGAAGAUAAUUCUGAUUCUGAGGAAGAUGAUGAAAGUACCAUUUCAUUUUUUGAUGAAAGUGAUGAUGAAUAA